GAUCGUAUUAACUCUUCCCCGAGAAGUUGAAAAAGUUCAGUGUAAGUGAAACCCUAGAAGACUACGACCGCAAUUGAUCGUUGUGCAUUUCGCGAUUGCAUGAUUAGAUUACGGACAACAUUUUCGUUGGAUUGAGUUAGCAGAAUGGGCGCAAGUCGAAAGCUUCAGGGCGAGAUAGAUCGCGUUCUUAAAAAGGUCCAAGAAGGUGUUGAAGUCUUCGAUAGUAUCUGGAACAAGGUUUAUGAUACGGACAAUGCUAACCAGAAGGAGAAAUUUGAGGCAGACCUGAAGAAGGAGAUUAAGAAGCUCCAGAGAUACAGAGACCAAAUUAAGACUUGGAUACAGUCUAGCGAGAUCAAGGACAAGAAGGUUAGUGCCUCUUAUGAGCAGGCUCUGGUGGAUGCUCGCAAGCUCAUUGAGCGUGAAAUGGAAAGAUUUAAGAUCUGUGAAAAGGAAACUAAGACCAAAGCGUUCUCCAAAGAAGGCUUGGGCCAGCAGCCUAAAACUGAUCCGAAGGAGAAGGCUAAGUCAGAGACAAGGGAUUGGUUGAAUAAUGUGGUCGGAGAGUUAGAGUCUCAAAUUGAUAACUUUGAAGCUGAGCUUGAAGGGCUUUCUGUCAAAAAGGGGAAAAGCAGACCACCUAGAUUGACGCAUCUAGAAAUGUCAAUUACCCGACACAAGGCUCAUAUAAAGAAAUGUGAGUUACUGUUGAGGCUGCUAGACAACGAUGAAUUAAGUCCUGAGCAAGUUAAUGAUGUCAAAGAUUUCUUGGAAGACUAUGUGGAGCGUAAUCAGGAGGACUUUGAUGAAUUCAAUGAUGUCGAUGAUCUAUAUAGUUCAUUACCUUUAGACAAGGUGGAGUCUCUCGAAGAUCUUGUCACAAUUGGUCCGCCUGGUGUUGCUAAGGGUGCACUUGGUCUUAGCUUGAAGACGUCUGUAGCUGGAUCGGCUUCGCAAACAUCUGAACAGGCUGAUGACGCUGCUUCCCAAGAUAGCAAUUCUGAUACUGUUGUCAGAACGCCACCUCCCAAAAGUAGUGGUAUCAGUUCUGCUGUGUCAACACCAGCUGGAAACCAUUCUACUCCUGUCUCUUUGAAUGUUUCAUCUCAGAACUUGGCUGGUGUGACUGCUGCAGCAUCGGUCCUCCCCAGUUCAAGUUCUGUUCGGACUGCUCUGGAGAAUACUAGUGUUCCUAAUUCUACAUCUGUAAAUCAGUCUACCUCUGUGAAAGAAGAUGAGGUUAAUGGCUUCCCUGGCCGGAGAGCAUCUCCAUCGCUUUCUGAUGCUGCGCAUGCAAGAGGCAUAAGUAGAAACAGCCUACCAAAUCAAGUGACAUCUGGCAUCCCUCUUGCUUCCAGCAACAUUGUGUCCAGCAAUGGGGCUCUUGGUUCAGUCCCUUCAGCCUCUGAAAUAACGAAGAGAAACUUAUUGGGAGCUGAUGACAGGCUUGGAAGUAGCGGGAUUGGGCAGCCUCUUCUGUCACCCCUAAGCAAUAGAAUGAUGUUGCCUCAGGCUGUGAAGGCUAAUGAUGGAACUGGUUCAGUUGACCCUAAUAGUGUUAAUGAGGCUGCAGCUGUAUCUGGGAGAGUUUUUUCCCCUUCUGGUGUUCCUGGUAUGCAGUGGAGGCCCGGAAGUCCUUUCCAGAACCAAAAUGAGACGGGGCAGCUUCGUGGAAGAACUGAAAUAGCACCUGAUCAGAGAGAAAAGUUUCUGCAGAAGUUUCAGCAAGUGCAGCAACAAGGUCAUAGUACCCUUCUUGGUAUGCCUUCUCUCGCUGGUGGAAGUCAUAAGCAGUUUUCUGCUCAGCAGCAAAAUCCUCUCUUGCAGCAGGCAUCAGGGCUCAGUGGCAUUUCAUCCACCUCGUUACAGCAGCCAUCCAAUUCUAUCCUUUCUCCAUCUAGCCAACAGCCAAUGAUAUCAAGUGUUUCUCAAGAUUCUGAUGGCAAUUCUAAAGCUGAAGAACAUCAGCAACAACAGAGUACUCCUGAUGAUUCAGUGUCUGAAUCUACUGCCAGUAAUGGGCUUGGCAAGAAUCUUCUAAAUGAAGAGGAUUUAAAAUCCACAUAUGCUGUAGAUUCUCCUCAGGCAGGAGUGUCUGGUUCUCUUACCGAGCCUGCUCAGGGCUCCAGAGAUACUGAUUUCUCUCCUGGCCAACCUUUACAACCCAAUCAACCUUCUGGUAACCUUGGUGUUAUUGGAAGAAGAAGUGUUGCCGAUUUUGGAGCCAUUGGUGAUAGUCUUAGCGGAACAAAUGUCAAUUCUGGUGGAGGGCGUGACCAUGUACUUAAUAUGCAGAUGCUUGAGGCAGCUUACUACAAACUUCCACAACCUAAAGACUCAGAACGUCCAAGGAUUUAUACUCCUAAGCACCCAGCAAUAACACCUCCAAGUUAUCCUCAAGUACAAGCCCCCAUUGUCAGUAAUCCAGCCUUUUGGGAGAGAGUAGGUCUUGAACCAUAUGGCACUGACACCCUGUUCUUUGCAUUUUAUUAUCAACAGAACACUUAUCAACAAUAUUUGGCUGCGAAAGAACUAAAGAAGCAGUCUUGGAGAUAUCACAGAAAAUAUAACACAUGGUUUCAGAGACAUGAAGAGCCAAAAGUCGCUACAGAUGAAUUUGAGCAGGGAACAUAUGUAUACUUCGAUUUUCAUAUCGCAAAUGAUGACCUGCAACAUGGAUGGUGUCAAAGAAUCAAGACCGAGUUCACUUUUGAGUAUAAUUAUCUUGAAGACGAGCUUAGUGUAUAGAAGAUUUGUAGACGAUGGAUGCCUUUGGUGUCUUGUUUUCGCUGUCAAGUAUUGUUUAUCAGAUGAACCAGUAUCGCCUGAUUCAAAAUAAACAAUAUAUGAAGGGAAAAAAAAGUUGAUCGUUGUACAUGUCUCCGAACAUUUUUCUUACAUUAAUCAACGACAUCCAGAUCCGGGUGUCAGUAAGUUAUCAAGAAUGGCAUGAGGUGGCGCCAAAACCAAGGAAUAAAUGAACUAAUUAAAUGAGAGGUAUCUGCUAUCAGAAAGUACAUGCUGGGACAAGAUAUCGUGUAUUGUAGGGUCUCAGUUAUUGAUGGGUUUGCGAAGUGCUUUUAAAAGACAUCAGGUCAGCUUUUUCGGGUCAGAGCAACACAGUCUUGAUACAUUUGGAACAGAAAAAGGCAUUGGAAAUGGAUCGUUCACCUAUUCCAUUUUUUUUUUUUUAUAAAGAAAGUGUAUUUUUUUAUGAAAAUACUUUUUUCCGUACUAAAUGUUACCCAAGUCAUCUGAUCUUCCUUGUCGGUCGUGAUUGUGAGAAAUCCCGUCGCCCGGAUGUAGUGGCUGUGCUCUGGGGAGACUAAACUUAGGUUAUGUCUGUAACUGCAUAAGCAUUCUGUUUAGCGAAUUUUUUUUUAUCGAUUGCGUGUUAGAUUA